AUGGAAUCUGCUAGAUCUGAUAUGAUCCUUUGUGACUCUACAGUCAACAAAUCUGAUCCUAAGUCUACAGAGUCUGUGAGUUAUGUUGGUUAAUAUUUAUCCUUAUUUUGGUUAGUUUAUAAUCAUUAUAUUUGUUAUGUAAUCCUUAUGUUGGUUAAUAUAUUAUCUCUAUGUUAGUUAAAGUUUUUAAUUUUUUGUAAAUAUUAUCUUCUUCUAUUCUAUGAAUUAGAAAUGUUUGGUUAUAUUCUAUUUAGACAAAUGAAAUGCACAGCAAAUUAAAGCAAAGAAACAGGUUACAGUUGCAUUUGAUUUCCCGUUUAGUGCAAGUGACAACAAUUGCCAAUUUUUUUAGGAACAUAACUUAAUUAAAUAGAUCUAGCACACUUAAAAAAAAAAAAUUAAUAUGAUUUCCAUUUUUUUUUUUUUAAUGAUCAUAACUUAAAAUUUCAAAGGAACCUACAGCCGCUCAGGGUGAAUUUUCGCUGAACUUGAACUGCUCAGAGAAAAUGGCCGGUAACCAAUAUAAUUUUUAUACAAUCUGUAGAUCAACAAUAUGUAUACCAACUAUAGCAGUGGUGGGCAAAUCAUAGCUCGUGAGCCGAUUGUGGCCAGUGUUCCUUUAAAAAAAAAUUAAAUAAUCAUGAAAAUGGAAAUGGAAAAAAAUGUAUGUGUAAUUUUAAUUUUCAUUUGGCAUUACUCUAUGGGGUUGUUUCACUUUACUGGUCAAAUCCCAAUUUUCUGAGGAUGGACAUGAUUCAUUGGGAAAAACGCAACUCCUCCACUUUCGCCAUUUAUGGCUUCCAUGCCUCGGUUACCUCUUGAAAUCUUGUUCACAGCUACAAAAGUUUGCCCGCCCCUGAACUAUAGGAACAUCACAUUUUUAAAGUUAAAAAAAAAACAAAUCGAGUAUUUUUUAAUUUUUUUAUUUUUUUUAGAAAAAAAGAUGUCGGUACUGUCAGAAAUCAAGGGUUUGAAGGCUCUCAAAUCGAACUUGGUUUGGGGUGGGGCCUCAGUGAUUUAUUCAAAAACAUUUCACCCCCUUUCCCACAAAUACCUUUUUUUUUUUUUUUUUUUUUUUAAAUAACAAAUUUUUUUUUUUUAACUCGUACCAAUUGAUAACAAUGGAUUUGUUUUUUAAAAUUGAAAAACUUGUUCACAACAUGGGAAACCUGCUUCCCACUGCACAUAGAUAACAAAUGAAAUAGCCUAAAGAUCUUUAAAUACUCAGCAGCUUGAUUCACUCAGAAGCAUGAAGCCCUGGGCAACUGCCCAGUCUGCCCAUGCCUUAAGAUGCCACUGGGGAUUAAUUUCAUGAUUUUCGUCAGGGGUUCAGGUUCUGUGUAUACGGUGUUUCUGUGGAGCGGGAGUUUUUCAAAGAUAAUUGUAGCAGAAUAGUAACGAAUUCAAACUGUUCAUCUUUGCACUAUGGAACAAGUCAGAUUUUGAGAAAAAUAUCAGCACAUAAUUUAGAUGAGUUUGAGCUUAAUACAAAUAUUGCACUUUUUGCAGGAAGAUUCAUUGUGGAGGAGGAAGAACAAGAGUUUCUUUUGGAUGAAAAUUCCUCAAGUGAUGAUGAUACUGAUGGAUCUUCAAGUGAUUUCUCCAGUGAAGAUUCCAGUAUGAGUAAUGGUCCUCCAUAUGAAGGGAUGGUGUGCGUUAGCAAAGCAAUAACAUUUUCAUCACAAAGGGACACAGGGAUCUUCAACAAUCUUGAGCAAACUGAGGUCAAACGAUCACAUUGUUGGAAUGGUGUUGGAAGUAAACGGAACCUACAACCUUACAUUGGUAAGUUGUCAGAUAAGAUAUCAAGAGUAUACUCAUUUGUGGUAGGCCUAUUUGUGUAUAAUAUCAGCUGAUCAACGCAAGAUUAUUUUUGAAACAUUUUAACUUCAAUAAAAACUAUUGAAUUGAACAGGUAAUACACAGUUAAUAUCACUAAAGUGCCACAUUCUUCAAUCUGACACUGCAACUGGAAGAUGGCAAAGAAAAGUAAGGGGCAACAUUAAGAUUGAACAAAACAAAUUAGAGCAGCAGUUCAGACUGGUCAUUACUCACAAGGUAUUCAGUGAUUUUGUGUUGUAAUAUUUUAAACGAUAAAGCUACAAAAUGAUUGAACUUGUGUGCCUAGAAAUAAUGCUCUGCACAGUUGAUUUAAAAAAAUGAUAAAAACUUUCCUUUAUAAAAGUAUGGAAGAAAAGUAAAAGUAACCCCUAAGUUUAUUAUAAGUAAAGAUGUCAAUUCAUUAAAAAAAUAUUUUAAUGUCCAGAAAAUGCCAAUGUUUUUAAUUGAAAAUGUUUGCUUAAUUUCUGUACAUGAAUUAUAUAAAGCACUUAAUAUGGUUUUUUUCAAAACUGCUUAUACAGACCAGGGAAAUGUUUGCAGACCAUGUCAUCACAUCCAAUAUGAAACUGUCGCCUUUGUCAAAUUCUGAUCGCACUCUAAUGUGUACCUGGGAUGUUGCUAACUCUAGAUUAAUUAAAAAAAGAGGGAAGAGUUCUGGACUUAUUGUGAACCCAGAGCCAUUUAUCAUCAAAGUUGUGGACACGACAAAAGCAAAACAACUUCUGAAGGUGUUUGAAGAUUGUCCGCAGCAAGUAAGUCCUGUGACAAUUGAUGAUUCCAGUGAAGACUCGAGUGAUGUCACCAGUGAAGAUCUCAGUUGGGAGGAAACAUCAAGAAAGGUCUUUACAUCAAAGGCUACAAAGGGUAGGACAUGUAGUGAUUUAAACUUUAGAAUCAUAAUAAGUUUUAUAUCACUUUAAUUAGACAAGAAUAAAGUUCUGAUGGAGAAACCAAUGCCCAGAAUAAGCUUAUUAAAAUCUAUAAGCAUUUUCAUACAUUCUGCAUUUUUAUCAUAUAAUUUAGAAGGGAAAGAUUUCUUCAAAAGCAUUUGUUAGCCUCAAUCCCUUCUGUUUUAGCAUAUUGACAUCAAACUUAAAAAUUAUAGGCAAAACAUAUUGUUGGUCUUUUUUAAAUUCAUAAAUUGUUAACGGUUUUUAAGUACAAAUUGGAAUAUAAGUAUUAUGAAGCGACAGUAAAAUGCUCUUUCUGUUGAUGACAUUAAGUAAUUUGGACAUUUCUUAGUUUGAUACAGAAACUUCUUUUGUAUUGCAAGAAUCAAACAGCAUUUUAAUAUGUGGUGCUGGCUGACACCAGCUUGAUAAAAUGUUUCACUGGAUCUUCUAAUAUUACAUUUCUAUCACAUUUAUUCAUUAAAAUAAUUUGCAGGUAACAUAAUAUCUAAUUGAUUUAUAAAGCAACAGGCCUGCAGACUAUAAGUGUAAAAUAUAAAAUUUAACCAGAAAAAUUGGCUUAGACAUGGCUAGUUUUUGCUUAUUAUUGUAGUGAAAAUGAUAAAUAGUCAUGCGCCCAUUAAUUGUAUUGUACUGGAAUAUGUGUUUCUCUCAAUCUGUUCAGAAUAAUAAAACAGGGAAUUGCAAAUUAAUUAGUUUUAUUCCAAUUAUAAAUGAUAAUUUGUAUUUAUAUAUUGUCCAUGAAAAUAAUCAGUCACUCACAAUUCUUUUUAUGAUGGAGUUUCGAUUUAUUACAAUUUUGAUAAUUUUGUUAAGCUUUCUGAAUUUACAAAAAAAAGUGUUGCCUUCAACAGGAUUAACUUUACAUGUGAUAAGCUGUCAUGAUCAGGCUGAGGUUGUCAUAAAGUAUUUAUAUUUAUAAAAUGUUUCAGAUGGCAGAAUAGGUCAAGAUAAGCACACACCAGACAGGGGCCAAGGCAAGUGGUAACAGCAACAUAUUUUUUUAAGCUUGGAAUGUACGAUUUUCACCAGAGCAAAGUGGAUGAGAAUAGAUUGAUACAAGUUUUUGAAGAUGAGAGUGAUGAGAAUAGAUUGAUGCAAGUUAUGGUACAGGAGAGUCAUGAAAAUAGAUUGAUACAAGUUAUGGUACAUUAUCAUUAUAUUGUGCUUUUAACCAAGUACUCUAUCCCUUGUGAUUUUUAGUUUUUCAAAAUUUUUAACACUUUAUUUUAACAAUAACUUCGUGAAAAUUUUCUCUUCGGAUUAAAUUCUUAUUAGUUCCUGGUAAUGUUACCAUUCUGAGCUUUCUCUCCUGUCAGGCUACUUUCAAAGCUACGUCUUUUUCUAAUCCUUUGGCUUUUGUUGUAUGUCAAUGAAACAUUCAACUGAAUGGUUCUAUUGUAGUUUUUUUUUUUUUAUUUCUUAUUCUUAACAUUCCCUUGAAUUUGAAAAGUGCAAUGAUAAUGUACAAUUGUUUGGCAUCAUGUGUCUGGUAUUUACACAACCUAAUCAGAAUGUUAAUAUUUUUUUUAAAAUACUAACUGAAUUUAGAUUUUUAUAUAAGUUUAAUUUGUAUCAUUGCGCAGUGAACUAAAAUAUGAUUUGAUGGUUUAUUUAACAUUAUAUUACACAACCUAAUUUUUAUUUCUUGAAAUACAUAGGUGAAGAAUGAGAACAAUGUUUAAGAGUAAUUAGGUUAGUAAAUGCUUUCACUAGGAAUAACUCAAUUCUGUAGCUGUAUACAUUUUCCAAAGAAUAAAAAAAAUUAAAAUAAUAAAAUACAACACAUGUGGAAUAAAAAAAAUCCUUUAUUUAUUUCAGAUUCACGUUUGAAAUUUGAUUUACAUACAAGUAAAAGAGACAAAACUUAUGUAGCAGAUGAAAACACCGGUGGCCAAAAAUAUGAGUUAAGAAACAAAGGCAACACAAUGCAACAAACGACCGCUGGUAAACAUAGUAUAUCUAAUGAUGAAGAGCACGACAAUGAAACAACAGACAAUGAAGAUGAUGUAGAACAAGACAAUGUAACAACAAACAAUGAAGAUGAGGAUGAACAAGAGAAUGAAACAACAAAUGAUGAAGAUUAUGAAGAACAAGACAAUGAAACAAACAAUGAAGAUGAUGAAGAGCAAGACAAUGACACAACAAACAAUGAAGAUGAUGAUGAACAAGACAAUGAAACAACAAACAAUGAAGAUGAUGAAGAACAAGACAAUGAAACAACAAACAAUGAAGAUGAUGAAGAACAA